AUGGAUAGGCAGAAUAAGAAGAGAAAGCGCACGGAAGAAGCUAAAUUAGCUGAUAAUGCUCUUGUAAAAUCGGCUGUUUGUGAUGCAAUAACCGAUGAUAAACCGGUGGCAAAGAAACCGGUGUCCACCAUGAAGAUAACUACUGAUAUUCCAUUAACCAAUUUUUUAUUGAUAAACGAUGCUUCAUUUACUGACGAUAGUCAGUCAUAUAAAUCAGCAUUUGAAUUAAUUGCCAAUGAACUCAUCAACAAAUAUGAAUUAAUUAUUAAUUCUAAAUCAUUUCGAAUAUGUGAAAUUGAAUUCUAUUAUUAUAGUCAAAAACAUUUAGACCCCUUUACCCAUCAACAUUCUGAACAAAAAAAAUUUCCAAAUUGGUAUUUUCAUCGAUCUGGAAAAUCAUUGACGGCUAGUUGGAAAAAUGGUACAUACAAAGGUUUGGAUCUAACAUUUGGAAAUGGUGAUGAUGAGACGUAUGGCGGUAUUUUGAUACGAUCAAUUCAAAAUAAACAAACAAAUGAAAUAUUUGAGGGUAGUUGUUUGGUAGUGGAUACAAUUCUCAAUAUUGCUGGUGUUACUUCAAUAAAAGAAUUAAUUGAAAAUAAAAUGAAAAAUAAUGUACAAGCAUUUAAUAAGAAUUCUAUGCUUUAUUUAAAUUUGACAAAUACACCGACUUUAUCUACAAUUGUAAUGAGUCCUCGUGUUGGUCUGACAUUGAAAGUCGGUGAUAAACAACGUGAAAAAUUUCUAUUUCGUUCAUAUCGUUUUACACCAAAUGAUUUUUAUCCAUCAAAAAUGAAAUCAACUAUUAUUCUAGCAUUAGCAGCAGAAAAAUUCUUCAAAACUGAUCAAAAACUCGAAUUUAAUCAAUUUUUACAAGAAUUAACAAAUGAAACGAGUACACGAAUAAAUAAUGUUAAAACAUAUCUAAGUGAUUUACAAACGGGAUUCAAUCAAAAACUUAAAACAGAUGAGAUCGAUUCACCAUUGAAAUCGUAUUACGGAAAAGCAUUUUCAAGUUCAGACAUUUGUCGAGCCUAUGGAACAUGGUUAAAAGUAUUUGGAAAUAAAUAA